GCUUUAACUUCCUGGACCACUACGCCAAGGCCGUGGAUCGCAUCCACGUGUUGCUCAUCUUUGAGGGCAGCUGCCUCAGUGCGGCUGGCGUGGAGCUGACGGAGGACACGACGUCAACCAGGGCGCAGAUGAAGCAGCUGUGGCGCUACCGGGGCAAGGUUGACUGGAACAGCUGGUCCCUCCCGUAUCCCGGCGUCACGCCCCACCUCUUCAAGGCGGAAGGCAUCCUCCGGGACCACUCCCUGAGCUUGGUCGAGGACA